AAUGAUCAGUGAGUGGGAGAAGCCUGUUGCAUGGAAAGUUAAGAGAGGGGCUGUGCUUCUGCACGAAUGCGUGUCCGCGCCUGAAGGAAUACACCUAUUUUUAUUGAGGGCCCAAUCAGUGGGCAAAAACCCCCCAAAACCCAAAUAUCAGCCAACCGGUGCUGUGUCCCCGCCCUUGUUCCUCCCUCGCUGUCAAUAUUUGGAGAAGGCCGUUUGCUGAGCGUAGCCGAGUUUUAGGUUUCUUCUUUUCCAGCGUUAUGGCAGAUUCUUCCGGUCUAUCUGUAAGCAAACUACAUUGUGCUGUGCAGAACAGAUUUCCCAACCUGACUACAGAUUGCCUUUGCCUUCAUGCAUACGCUUAUGAUUAGUAUUAGACCAUCUAAAACUUGGGAAUUAUGUUCAGAUGUAAGGCUUUCCGCUUGGCAGAGAGACAUUGGUUUAAAUGGGCAAAGAAAAACACUACUUGUGUUCAGAGCUACAGGACUGACCAAAAGAAUACUGGGGGAACAAUACUAAGUGCAUAUCAGCCCAUGAUUAUGGGAGAAGAACUGCCCAGUGUUUUGAUCUCUGAAAUAGGAGGCACAUUUGGUAUAUUAGAAAGCCAUGUAGAGUUUCUCAAGAAGCAUUUCAAUCUCAUCACCAUGAAAGAGUUUCACAAAAACAAAGAAGAACUCCAUGAAAGGAUCAAAUCUAUUUUUGUAUUUGAGCGUAGACCAGUCAUUGACCCAGAGCUUCUUGAAAGUCUGCCCAACCUAAAGGUGAUUGGAAACUCAGGAGUAGGAGUGAAUCAUUUGAAUUUGAAAUUAAUUACUAGCUUUGGUGUUAAAGUGACCAACACUCCACAUGCUGUUUCUGAUUCCACUGCGGACAUUGGGAUGGCGUUAAUGCUAGCAUCUGCCAGAAGAUUAGUUGAAGGUUGUUGUCUUGCAACAUCUCCAGAUACUACACAUUUUGCUGUUAAUUGGCUAGGAGUAGAAGUCAGCAGGGCCACUCUUGGUAUCAUUGGAAUGGGCAGUAUUGGUUAUAAAGUAGCCAAAAGGGCAAAGGCUUUUGACAUGAAGAUUCUCUAUCAUAAUAGGAAUCGCAGAAAAGAGGAAGAAGAACAAGAAGUUGGUGCCACAUAUUGUAAAAACAUUGAUGACUUGCUUCAGCAGUCUGAUUUUGUGAUGUUGGUUGUUAGUUUGACACCAGAGACUCACAAUCUCAUUGGAAAGAGAGAGCUAGAACUGAUGAAACCCACAGCUACACUCAUCAAUAUCUGCAGAGGUGCAGUUGUUGACCAGGAUGCAUUAGUAGAAGCACUCCAAAAUGGGGUUAUUAAGGCUGCAGCUCUGGAUGUGACAUAUCCUGAGCCAUUGCCAAGAAAUCACUUGCUACUGCAGAUGAAGAAUGUCAUCAUAACUCCCCACAUUGGAACUGCUACAGUGCAAGCCCUACGCAUGAUGACAGAAGAAGCAGUAGAAAACAUCCUGGCAGUUCUCAAUGAUCUUCCUAUUCCUAGUGAAGUGAUCCCCAAAUGACUUGAUGGAGAAUAUAAAUAAUCAAUGGAUUAUCAAGAAAAGGACAUUAACCUCUAAGAAAUAAUGCAGCAUGACAAAUAUCCAGACAACUUAUUUCUAUCAGUUUUCAAAUACGUGAUUGUGAUUAUUUUUUGUAAUUAUAUUAAUCCCAUUGAAAAAAAGUUUGUUCUGAGGCUUUUGAGCAUGGUGAUUGGGUUUCUGAUUCUUUCAUCCCUUUAUCUGUACCAAAUAGAUAUACAUCCAGUCAUCUUUGUAAAAUGAGAACUACAUUUGGGAAUGGAGGUACUCUCCAAGUUUCUCCAAUUAACAAGUGCAUAUUGCUUUAAAUGCAAAUUCAUAAUAUUAAUCUUCAGAUAAUUCAACAAAUUCAUAAGAUGCUAAGGCUUAGGACUUUCACAUCAAAGUUCAACCCCAAACAACUUAAGAAUGUGAGUCAUUCCCGCACAGAAAUAUUUAUUAUUUAAGAUAUUAGUUUUCAUGUUUGAAAUGGUCUCUCUUCUGCAGUGGUUUUUUUUUUUUUUUUUAAUCUGCGCUCAGUCAUUACCGACUCUGCAGUGACCACUUGGAUGAGUCUUUGCAGUUUUCAAGGCAAGGUGUUUCGGAAGUGGUUUGCCAGUGCCUCCUAUUGCCAUCUUUUGACAAUUACAAGAAGAAGAGAACAGAACAGAAAUAUAGGAGACCAUACUGCCUGUCUUGCAGUUUUGGCUUUCUAGGCUAGAUGAGAGGUUGCUUAGAACUGUCAAAUUUUAUUCGCCCACAUUUAUUGAAUAAACCCCAGUUGACUGAGUUCACACAACCCACUAAGCCAUAUAAAUAUUAUUAACUAAUUGCAAUGGCUGAAUUGGCACAAAAACAACCAAAACAUAAUACUACCAGGCAGGACAUGAAUCUAGGCAUAGUUUCCUGAUUUUGACUGGAAAGUAGUGACUGCUAAAGCUCUCAAAUUUUUCAUGGCAUUCAAAAGCUGACUCCAUUAAUGAUAUAAUUGAUGAUAUAACAGCAUUUAAAAAGGUCCUAACAGCAAAUAGUUCUGAACAGGCUUGUUUUUUUUAUGGAACAAACAAAAUACAAGACAAAAUUUGGAAAUAAGGAAAAGAAAAUUAAACAAAAAAGAGAAACAUGGGUGUUUGUAUUGGUGGCAGGGAAAGAAAGAAAUACAAAGCACUUUGAAAUAUACUUAUGCAGCAUUUGUAAAGAUAAAGGAAAUCUGUUCAAAAAAUAAUAUAGUUAAGAAAAGUGAUCAGAUUUGAAUAAACGUUUUGCGGUAAUUAUAGAGAUCUUCAAAACCCUUGCAGUUGUAUUAAUUUUCAAUCAAACCAAUAGUCCAUGCCUUUAAAUUCCAUUCAUCCAAAAAAAUCCCCUUUUAGGAUGUACUAAAACAGAUGUUUAAUCAUUGAUUAUUUUUCUUCUAUUUUUAAUUUAAUCCAUGUAAUUUUCCCUAGUCCGCAGUAUAAAGCUUCUAAUAAGAAAUUUAGUAUUUUCAAAUAGGAUCAGUAUUUUCAAACAGUAUCCUGAUCCAUAAAGAGACUUGAAUGAUAACUUAGAGUACUCAUGCAGCAGUUCUGCAAUCAUUUUACUUAGGAAGUAAAAAAACAGUAUUUUUGCUCUUUGUCUGUACCUACAUAAUUUCUGUAAAAUAAUGAGAUUAAAAUCCAAUAAAGAAAUACAUUAUGGUU